GCACUCGACGUCCUCGUCUCUGCUUUGUAUAGCUGCAAGGUCAAGGCCGUUAACGUUGACUCCGACGAGAUCGUUAACAAGCGAAUCAGAAACCAAGGAUACCAAGAGAUCCGCCCUCAAAACAGCUUCUUUGUCUUUGCUCGGGCUUUCGAGCGCUUCGUAUCUCCGGGCGAGAACAUCAGACAGACCUCGCUCCGGAUGUAUACGAAGAUCGUCUGGCACAAGGUGCUCACUGAAUGUCAGCGGCUCUUGUUUAAGGCGAUACACGAGGAGAUGAAUGACUUACAUAUGAUCAUUCAUCCCAAGUACAAGUACGUUCCUAAGCCCCACGAGCCGGAACGCCAACAAUCCCCGGUUGCUAAUGGCGAACAACUAAGCGCUGUACCGUCUUCUUCUUCUGUGAGCAGUCAGAGUACCCAAGCCAAGCACGCCAACGCGGAUGCUAAUGCAGACAGCCGUCCAGCGAAACGGCAGUGCUUGGCUACGGAGAAGACGGCAGCUGCUGCCCAACAAGUCAUUACAAUUCCUGAGGAUGUUCCGAAUGCUGCUGAGGGCAGUGGUCUCGACGGACCACAUCACAUGGGCUAUCACAGUGCUGGGAAUGUGUCAACGGUCGCUCCGUUCAACAAUCCACCCCCAGCUCCUGUCGAUCAGUCUGAUCCUUAUGGUUUCUCGCUACAGCUGCAACAGCAAUACCCGGAAGAUCUACAGUUGGCCGUGCAUCAAGCGGCCCUGAAACCCCCGAGUUUCACCAAUCAUCUGAAUGAAUCAACUGGCUUUUCGUACAAUCUCCCUUCCGCUACCCUGAGCCAGUGGUCUGAUCCUUACAAUUGUCUCUUGCCACCCCCAGCUGAUCCGACCUCGAGCGAAAUGGAUCCUUCCCUAGUUGUCGAUUCGUUCGACGUCAAUAAUCAGUACGCCGAGGCCGCCAGAAGCAGCAAUACCGCCGCUGCACUUGCCCUGCCUGAGGCCCCGAUCCCGGAAGACGACUCUGGUUCCCUGGACUAUCUGUUUUACGAGAUGCCCGAAGAUAACUCGAACUCUUUGGACUCUCUGCCCGUCGAAAUACCCGAAGAUGAUUCUGAGUCCCUUGACGAUCUCGUUCUGGAUGAUAUAAUCGUUAUCGACUAGGGACGAUUGCUGCCACGCUGUGUCUGUGUCUGUGUUUGCUGAGCUUGUUCUGUGGAGUUUUUGGAGUUUUUGGAGUCUCUGUUUAGUAUUAUCGGUGGGUUUUUUUAUCAUACCUGGUGCUUUGUGCUUUUUUUUGUUUUGUAUAUUGUUUUUGUUGGGUGUUUUGGUUUUUUUUGAUUUUGUAGUU